UUGGCUCGCAGGGACGUCGUCUGUCACCAGCCCAAGGGCUUCAGCGGGCAACUUCAAAAUUACCAAAUGGCCUUUUAGAUGGACCCUGUCCCCCCCCCGCCACUUCCCUCGGAGGAGAUACGGUGAGCCGGAGCAGCCGCACGCACGAUGAAGGAGACAGAGAAGGAGAACGAAGGAGGAGUUGGGAGAGCAGGAUCUAAAAAAUCCGAGAAGGAUCAGAGCUGGAUCCCGAAGAUUAUCAAAAAGCGAGUGUGCACCACUUUUGUGGAGGACUCUUUCAGUAAUGGAGCAUUAUGCCAGUGCGGUGGUGUGCGGGAGACACAUGGCUCAAUUGCAACAGGGGACUAUUUCGGAGCAGCCAUUGUCAGCCAGUGGAACAGUGCCCAGCACUCAUCUGAGUACCCCACUGAUGCCUUUGGAGAGCUGGAGUUUGCAGGGGCAGGACGCCGACAUAGCCACUUUCUACGCCUGUCAUGUGACACGCAACCACAGAUUGUCUACACUAUGAUGACGGCCCACUGGAGGAUGCCUUCGCCCAACCUGGUGGUGUCCGUGGUGGGGGGUGAAGGCCAUGAGCGGGUCAAAACCUGGGUCAGGGACGUGCUGAGAAAUGGGCUGGUUAGGGCCGCCCAAAGCACAGGGGCAUGGAUCCUGACAGGAGGGUUGAGGGAGGGGGUGGGUCGCUGUGUGGGUGAGGCAGUGAGGGACCACGGGGCAGCUGCUUCCUCCCUCUCUCAGAAGAAAGUUGUCGCUGUUGGGGUGGCUCCCUGGGGACUGGUCCACAACCGGCAGCAGCUCAUCAAUUCACAGGGUAGUUUCCCAGCCCGCUACUACGUCCAGAACACAUCACGUGAUUCCUGCUGCCUGGAUAGCAACUACCAGGCCUUCCUCCUGGUCGAUGAUGGGAGCGUAGGCCAACGGGCAGGGGAGAUGGUCUUUCGUGCCAACCUGGAAGACUACAUUUCCCACCAGCGCACUGGCAUCUGGGGAAGUGGCAGUAUUGAAAUUCCAGUAUUGUGCAUGCUCAUCUCAGGAGAAGCCAAUAUGUUAGAGAGAGUAGACAGCUCUCUGAAGAAAGCCAUCCCCUGGCUGGUUCUGGCUGGUUCUGGUCCAGCUGCAGACCUCAUCAGUGAGAUGCUGGAGGACCUCUCCCCUGUAACCCUGAGUCCCACGUCCCCUCUACCCGAAGGCGAGGUGAGUGAAGGCCCCAGUGCUGAGUUCCGCGACAGGACCCGGGAGAAGGUCGCAAGGCAUUUCCCCACUGAAGCUGAUGUGGAAAAACUGGUGGAAAGGGCCCUGAGUAUUUACCAGAGCAGAGAGCUUAUCACAUUGUUCCAUGGGAAGCAGGAGGGUCCUGAUGAUUUUGAUACAGUUCUUCUGAAAGCACUGGUUAAAGCCAGUAAAAGGGUUUCCAGUGAUGCCAGUGAGUACACAGACGAACUGAAGCUGGCGGUUGCCUGGAACCGAGUCGACAUCGCCAAGAGUGAGCUCUUCAAUGGAGACAUCCAGUGGAAGUAUGAGGACCUGGAAGACUCCAUGACGGAUGCAUUGAUCAACGACAAGCCUCAGUUUGUGCGCCUCUUUUGUGAGAAUGGUCUCAACAUCCUGGACUACUUGACGAACCGGCGCCUGGAGAGCCUUUACCGCUCACUGUCCGACAGCUCCCUGGCCUAUACCCUGCUCCAGAGACGCCUCAGUGAGAGACAGGGCAUUUCUGGCUCCGCCUCCUACCUAGAUGGCGCUGUGUCUGGGGCAGCCCCUCUCAGAAACCCCCAGAGCUUAUUAACAGGACCUGCAUCGGCGAAGGAGCUUAGCUUGUACGAGGUGUCACGGCUGCUAUGGGACCUGCUGGGUGAUGUGUGUCAGCCAUUUUACUACAGGCCCCUGGGCCUUGCUCAAUGUACCAGUACGAGGAGGGCCCUUAAGCAAGUGAACAAGUUGCUCCUGGGGGAGUGUCCUUAUCGGGACCAGCGCUGUCUCUCGCCCUGGGCCUCUCUCUUCAUCUGGGCCGUGCUUCAGAACCGCAGUGAAAUGGCCGUUUACUUCUGGGAGAUGGCAGGUGAGUCGGUACUGAGCGCGCUCAGUGGCUGUAAGCUGCUGAGGGAGCUGUCCAAGCUGGAGAGUGAGACUGAGACCAAGGUCUCAAUGAAGGAGCUCGCCCAAAGGUUCGAAAACCUGGCUCAUGAUGUGUUCAGUGCAUGUUACCAGAGCAGCGAGAGCCGGACCUUCACUCUGCUCAUAAGGAAGUCCCCGGUGUGGAGCGGGGCCACCUGUCUGCAGAUGGCUACAGCUGCUGACGCUCGCCUGUUCUUCAGCCAUGACGGUGUUCAGUCUCUGCUGUCCCAGAUCUGGUGGGGGGACAUGGACAGGAGCACCGAGGUCUGGAAACUGGUGCUCAGCUUCUUUAUCCCCCCCCUCAUCUACACAGACCUCAUCAACUUCAGAGAGCAAGAGGAGGAAGUGAAGUCUAUGGAAGUCCAUCACGCCAGAGACAUUGACAGUUUGGACGGAAACGAUGCCACGGUCUUCUCCCUCGCCGACAUAAUGCAGAAUGAUGAAGACGCUGAAGAGUAUGCUGCUCUAAAGGCCAACCUGAAGGGUUCUUCUUCCUCCACUCCCAAGCGACCAUUUGCAUUGCUGCGGUGGCGGCAGUUCUGGUUUGCGCCCGUUACUUCAUUCCUAGGCAACACGCUGAUGUACUUCCUCUUCCUCUGCCUGUUUGCCUACGUCCUAUUGGUGGACUUCAAGCCCCCACCUCCCAAUGGCCCUGCCACUCUGGAGUUUGUUCUGUACUUUUGGGUUUUCACCUUAGUGUUAGAAGAGAUCCGUCAGACCUUCUUUGUGGGCAGCACCACAAUAAUCCAGAGAAUGAGAAAUUACAUCCAGGAUGUGUGGAACAAGUGUGACCUGACAGCCAUCAUCCUCUUCACUCUGGCCCUGUGCUGCAGAAUGUUUCCCUGGUCCUAUGAGUUUGGCCGAGCUGUGAUGUCCCUAGACUUUAUGGUUUUCACCCUGAGACUCAUCCACAUUUUCGCCAUCCACAAACAGCUGGGGCCCAAGAUCAUCAUCGUCGGCAAAAUGAUGAAAGAUGUGUUCUUCUUCCUCUUCUUCUUGGCUGUUUGGCUGGUGGCCUAUGGCGUAGCCAAUCAGUCGCUCCUCUACUCCUAUGACCCCCGUCCCAACUGGAUAUUCCGCCGAGUGUUUUACCGACCUUACCUGCACAUAUUUGGACAAAUACCUAUACAUGAAAUGGACGCUGAUAAAUUGGAGAAUGUGAACUGCACAGAUAACGUCACCCUGAUCAAGGCUGGGGCUGAGCCAUGCAUGAGCACCUAUGCAAACUGGCUGGUUGUCAUCCUGUUAGUCAUCUACUUGCUGGUCACCAACAUCUUGCUGGUCAACCUGCUCAUUGCCAUGUUCAGCUAUACCUUUUCCAAAGUGCAGGAGCACAGUGAUACCUACUGGAAGUUCCAGCGCUACAACUUGAUUGUGGAGUACCACUCCAGGCCCUGCCUGGCCCCGCCCUUCAUCAUCAUCUCCCACCUCCACCUGUUCAUCAAGAGAUACAUUCGCCACAUCCCCUCAGUCAAGAUCAAACACUUUGUUCUUGAGCUGCGGGGGAGAAAGGCCAGCCAUCUCAACACGUGGGAGGCCAUCCAGAAGGAGAACCUCCUCUCAGUUCAGAACAAACGGCACAGAGAGAGUGACACAGCACGGCUCAAACGCACCUCUGCCAAGGUGGACAGUGUCCUGAAGCAGAUGUCAGAGAUCCGCGAACAUGACCGAAGACUAAGAAUGCUAGAGACAGAGUUGGAGUAUUGCUCCAGCGCCCUCUCCUGGAUGGUGCAGGCGCUCUCUCAGAGUAAUCUGAUAAAGACCACACGUCCGCCUCCAGUCCUUAGAGAUGUGACUCCCCUCUCUCCGACCACCUGACUCACUGUCAUCUCAUGAGAGCACUUCUAAUACACACAGUUUACACAGGGCCAAAGAGUCUCGGCAGGCAACUUCAAUGCAGAUCAUUUCAUUUCCCCAUCUUUCAUUUCUAUUGCUAUGUUGAUUGUAUUUUCAUGGACUGGACAGAAUUAAUGAGGACCAUUUCUGUUUAUUGUUAAAUCAAUGUAUGACAUUGUUAUAGUGUUGGAAAUGUUUGUGAUCCCUCUGUAGUGGUUUUUUUUUCUUCAAAAUAAGCUUGAUAAAUGGUAACUCAAGACAUUCUUCUAUAGAAAUUGGACAAAUUUGAUAAUGAUUUGAAAGACAUCCUCUCCUUUAAAAUGGCAAUGGAAGUCUUUUAUUAUUAUUAUUAUUAUUAUUAUUGAGCUGUUAAAUAUUACUUUAUAAUUGCACAGUUGUGAAAGAGCAAUGAGGAAGUCUGCCAUAUUGUUUUUAUCCUUUGAGGAUUUUUUUUCCCUCCCGAGUCCAAAAAUGUGUUUUUUUGUGCAUUUCCAACAUAGAAAGAGGAAGAUAACUACAUGUAUUUUUGAGCUUCUUUCUGUCCAACAGAAUUUACAUUGUUUUAAUAAAUUUCUAAGGUUAUUGCCAA